CUCUGGAUCCUCCCUCUCCCCUGGCUUGUAAAGAGCGAUAUAGUCUCCGAGGAGGAGCCUUCAGACAAAACACAACUAGCUGUGAGGUGUUACACUUUCCCCUGACAUCCAGAACUCCAAAGACACUUGAAACCAGAGCAGGACUUGUCCCAGGAUACUAUUGUAAGCUUUCUCUCUCCAGCUCUGUGGAUUUCGGGGGGUGCAAAGAACCACUGACUAAAAGAGCAGCUUUAUCUGGACAAAGUACUUGGAAUUUUAAAAAAAUUUGGGGGGGAAACAUGGCACUUCUGCAGAACUCUAACAAGGAGCCAAGCAUCGAGUUAUUCAUCAAGGCUGGACAUGAUGGGGAAAAUGUGGGGAACUGCCCCUUCUGUCAAAGACUCUUCAUGGUUUUGUGGCUAAAAGGAGUCAAGUUUACAGUGACCACUGUUGACAUGAGGAAGAAGCCAGCUGAACUCAAAGACCUGGCCCCUGGGACUAACCCUCCUUUCCUCCUUUACAACGGCACCCUCAAAACGGACUUCAUCAAAAUUGAAGAGUUUCUUGAACAAACACUGGCCCCUCCCAGGUAUCCUCAUCUGAGCCCACUAAACAAAGAGUCCUUUGACGUGGGCGCUGACAUUUUUGCAAAGUUCUCUGCUUUCAUUAAGAACAGUCCGAACAACGCCUUCCAUGAGAAAAACCUGCUGCGGGAGUUCAAGCGUCUGGAUGACUACCUGAACUCGCCCCUCCCCGAGGAGAUCGACCACAACUCCAGAGAAACCAUCACCGUCUCCAAGAGAAAGUUCCUGGACGGUGAUCGCCUCACCUUAGCUGACUGCAACCUGCUGCCUAAACUGCACGUCAUCAGGGUUGCUGCCAAGAAGUACUGCGACUUUGACAUCCCAGCCCAGUUCACAGGCGUGUGGAGAUACAUGGAAAACGCCUAUGAGAGAGAAGAGUUCAAACAGACGUGUCCAGCUGACAUCGAAAUUGAGAAGGCUUACUUUAGUGUGGCCAACAACAGAAAAUAAAGUCCUAUGUUCGCGCAGUGUAAUCAUGCAUGUAAAGAUGGUGCUCCAUCCAACACAAUACAGUGUGGCCUUGAAUCAGACACUAUUCCGCCUUAAAAACCUUCCCCACUUUUGAUAUGACAAAGUUAACAUUUUUAAUUGGUUGUUAAGUAUUGACCAUUUAUCAAAAGUCAGUCACUGACAAAUGUUGUGUUUAUACCACACUGAAAAGGCCAACUGUGCAAUUUGACAGCUUAUGUUUUUGUUUAUAGUGUAAAUAUAGAUAUUUUUUCCAUACUUUUUAAGAUCAAAACACCCUGAAAUGUAUAUGAUUGUGUUAGUGUGAGCAGAAUAUUUCACAAACAGUUCACUUGUAUGUAAUACAUGAAACAACACAUGGAAUGCAUGUACUCCUGUAUCUUUUCCUGUAAGUUUGAUAUGAUUACAAUGACUCACACUAAUAAAAAAGAGAAAAAUGAAAUUAA